AUGAGUUCCUAUCAGCAGAAGCAGCCCUUCACCCCACCACCUCAGCCUCAUGAGCAGCAGGUGAUACAGCCCUGCCUGCCUCCACAAAAACCACCUGUUCCCGUAACCAAGACACCAGGUCAUCCCCAGGUCCCACCACCUGGCAACACCAAGGUUCCAGAGCCAGGCUACCCCAAGGUUCCUGAUUCAGUCUGCCGCAAGGACCCAGAGCCAUGCCCUUCACCAGUCUCUCCAGACCCAGACCAGCAGAAGACCAAGAAGAACUAA